GCCCGGCCCGGCCCGGCGUGGGGCUGCCCGCCCGCCGCCCCGCUCGGCCCCGGCCGUGAGGAGGAGGCAGGCGGCGGAAGCAGAUGCACAGUCAAGGUGUGGAUCAUGGGAGAGCAACCGCUAAACAACAGCGUCCUUGAUCGGUUUGUUAAUAGUCACGAGCAAUCGUAUGAAGAGUUCCUAAAUACAUUCACUUAUCUUUUGAAAGGGAAAGAGGGGAAGACGAUUCAAGGAAGCAAACUGGACUCCCCAAGAAACACAUUUUCUACUUCUGAAUUAUCAGACAGCAAUAAACAGGCUGGCUCACCUGGAAGAAGCAAAGAAAUGUGGGUGUCUCUUCCACCACAGAUGUCAAAUGAGAAUGAGACAGUGACGAAUGAGAGAAGGAGAGCUGGUGUCUCUGGUGGAAAUCAUCUCAGUCUCUCUGAAACAGUGAAGCAGGUGGACAAGUACUUAGAUUUGGAAGACGUAGACACAGAUGAAGAGAUGUGCAAUGGGUCAUUCAUUCUUCCAGGAGAGGUGGGACAGCCUGUGACUCACUGUACACCCUUUUCAGAUAAGCCUAUUCAGCUGAAGAUCAAAACUUUGUCAGUUCCACAGCCAUCAGACAACAAAGCCCAGGAGCUACUAGGGGAUGAUGUUCAACCAUUCUCACUCGAUGAAGAAUUUGAUUAUGACAACGUGGCACUGACCCCUAAGUUCUCUGAAGCUGAGCUGAAGGCCGUGAUGGGGCUGUCUGAAGAGAGGAAAAUGGGGACAGAUGUCACGUCAGCAGGAGCUGAGGACUGAGUCACAGGCAUUCCGUGCGGUGCUGUUGAAAUAACAUUUUUAUUGGGGAAAUCUGGCUCUACAUUGUACCCGUAUUUAGUGUCCUUAUCUCUGUGGCCAGUAAAUGACAUGCUGGAGAUUUGGGUGCUUCUUCUACCAAGGUGCCUUUCCCCAAACCUCCUCCUCAUCCUAAGGAAAACACGGAAUAGGAAGAUGGUUUUGCCCGGAGUUGCUUGUAUAGUAGCCCUUCAGCCAGAGAGGAGGUAUUUCCACCCUCUUUAUAUGUCUGUACAUAUGAUUUGCAUAGGCGUUAAGGUUGGCUAACGAUGUCUGUAUUUGUCCCUAAACCCAGUGGGAUUUUUAGUGCAGAUCAGUGACCUUUAAUAUUUUUAGGCCCCAGUAUUCAGUACUUUGUUGUUUUCCAGGUGGUGCGAAGCAGUUGGAAGGAUGUCUCAAAUGACAGCCAUAAAUUCCCUUCUGUAGGAAAACCCUUGGGCAGGGUGAAUCCUGUGUUGGCUCGGGUUGGAUAUGCUGGAGUAAGCACUCCACAGGACCAACACAAGCUGGUGGAAUUCGGGAUAGCACUGUGGCUACUCUGGCUUAGAUUUGGAACCGACUCAGUUCCUGACUAGCACAAAACCAGACCUAAAGCUGGUUUUUACCUCGUUCUUUCAGUAGUGCAAAUAAGUGCAUUUUGCAGCUGACAAAUCAGUCUACAAACCCUUUCCCUAUCAUUAUAAGAGUUAAAUAUACAGAGUUACGCGAGUGAAUAAAUCUGGGAAUGUUGGGUUAUUUUCUCUGUCUUUUUGGAUUACUUCAGUUCUGCAGAGAAAUAAAUAUUUAUGUUUCCAAUAAACUUUUUGAGUUGAUCAAAA